AUGCAACCAAAUCACUGCGACCCUCUCGGUCAGGUGCCCCAGCCCAGAGCCUCAAGUCAACUGAUGCGCGAUGGCCAGCCGAGAGAACAUGGUCAGCCCCGACCGUCUGGUGCGGCGCCCAUGAGAUCGGAAGACUCGUGGAUCGACGUUUCAUCUCAGCCAUCCUCCUCAUCACUAUCCUCGAUCGGUACAACCGACGAUAUCAUAACAACGGGUCUUCGAGUGGAACCUCGAGCGGCUGGCAUGUAUCAACACCGUAGUCGGCGACGGCGCAUGCAGCAUCUUGCGGCAGUAGCCACGGCUCAUGUUGACUAUUCGUCGCACGAGGCGAGUCUGGCAAGCAGCAGCCAAGAAGAAUACGAAGAGAGUGAAAGCGAUCCCGAUCCAAAUAUGAGCAGCUCCAACGAGGAAAUCCAUCGUCCUACUCUGACUGCACCACGAUCGGUUCCCUCAGCCCAGUCCGAUGCGGCCUCUAGUGAUGAUGAAGACGAUACCUCAACUGCCUUGGGAAUGGGAAUCAGCCCAUCACCAUUUGUACCUCAGCCGAACGUCUUUAGCCAUCCACCACUUACCAGCGAUCCCUCCUGGACUCGCCCCAGCGAGUCCCGCCGUUCUCAACCUAGUGUCAUGUCAUCCUCAAGCCGCCGCACCGCCAUUCGACGAGAAUCUUAUCCUCCUGGCUCACGGCAGUCUCGUCGAUCCCCUCAAUCUCAGCACAGCCCUUAUAAUAUGAUAUCGCCUUCUCAUCAUGCAGACCAUGAUGCUGCUCUUCGAGCCAGCUUAUCUACCCUUUUGUCCUGUGCUGCUGCCGCUCGUGGACUUCCCAAACCAGAAAAUCAAAGGCCUGCCUCCUCGACUCCCUCCCGCCCUGUCCAAGCAUCCUCGUUCCGGCUCGUUGGCGAGUCUGUUGCCAUGGGAGAAGAAAGUGACGAUGGCAAUACUUCCUCUCCUCAAUACAUAGAGACCAGUCCCUCAGUGGGCACGCCUCUCCAGCGUGAUCCCCGCUCUCCCGUGCCACCAUCUGGCCCACCCGGCAAGACCAAACGACGAUCUGCCUCCCCGAAAGAUCGAAGUUCCACAUCUAAGAAGAGCCGACGUGCGAGCCUGGCAGAGUCGACAACGCCUGUCAGCCCCACCGUCAUGACCUGGGUCAUCAGUGCUGGCGUGGUGGUUUUGUUUUCGGCUAUCAGCUUCUCUGCGGGAUAUAUGCUUGGUCGAGAAGUUGGCCGAACCGAGAUGGGUAUGAUGGGGGAUGGUAACGUCCCUGGUGCGCGUUCCUCAGCGGCAUGUGGUCAAGAAGCUGUUCGAGGCAGCCUUAGGCGCCUGCGCUGGGGGACAGCAGCCGCCGGAUCAGCGACUCUGGCCUAG